AUGAGCGAGCGUCACUACGCGAAGCAUGCCGGCCAUACCUAUCGGGUUGAUAUCGAUCCAGUGAUCGAUCUGUACGACGAAACUACUGCCACGACGAUUGUAAUCCGCUCCAUGAAAGUGCAGCGGCAAGUGACGAUCUACUGCGACAAAUGCAACUACUCGCACUGUCUGGUUCUGCAGAAUAAUAAGAAGAAGCUGGAGCAGACAAAACUGAUAUCCGGCAGCUUGGGUGGAUCGUUCCAGUUCCGCUACGGAGGAGUGAAUGUCUCCCGCGAUGACGAAUCGGCUGCGUCCAGCAUUAUUCUGAUCCGCCGUGCCCGUCGUUUCUCUACGGCUACCACCUACAUCUUGUUUCUGAUUGCCCUGCUGGUGACGUCGCUGGGAAUCAUUGCCGGUGUGUUCUACUAUCGGCAGUAUGCCCACUCUAGCAACCACCUGCGAUUCCACGGUUUCUGUCAGAUCCCGUACGAUUCCACCAACGUCAACGACAACAAUAUGUUCUACAUGAACGCGAUGCUUCGCCACGAUGAUGUCAAUUCGCAACUCGAUCAAAUUGAAGACUUGGUCCAGCCGAUGCAGAGGGAGUUCCAGGAAAUAAAACAACGCUUGGAUGACACCGAUAUGGACGUGACCGAUCAAUUCUUCAAGGAGGAAUUCGAACUGGGCCUGUCCGACGACGAAAACUACUCGAAGAUCAACGUUCCAGUUUUCCAUGGUCAGCGCCAGGGUCGCUUCCUGCACGAUUUCAAGUACAACCAGUCCGGCAUCAUCGACAAGGACAACGGUCGGUGCUUCUUGAUGCCACUGGAUCGGGAAACCGUGCUGCCACCCAAGUCGCUGCGGGAUUUGAUCGAGAAGAUGUGGAACGGAUACUACAACAUCAACACCAGCACGGUUCGCAAGAACAUGCGUGUCAUCACGCCGGAACUGAAGGAUUUGAACGACGUGUCGCCGAGAAUCACCAGCGAGUGCGCGGAUAUGAAGAUCUACCGGUUGGAGAAACUAGUUUCUGGAGUUUUCAAACGAUCGGCCGAUCUGCACCAGCACGCCAAGUUUGCCGAAUUCGGCGGUAAUCACAUUUCGGUUAUCGAUAUUCAAAAUUUGGAGGAUAUCGUUAACUGAAAGCUGAGGUCAUCCUCCAGCUAAAUGAUUUAUUUAUGUUAAAUUUCGAAUAGAAGAUGCAAGCACGCACUUACACAAUAACAAACAAUUAAAACCAAAAAAAAAACAACUUUUCACCAUUUGAUUGCGGAACCUAGGGAAUGAAAGCGGAACAGUAAAAUGUUAGUCCGGAGCACGUGGUACGGGACGGUCAGUAUGGAACAAAUUUAAACUAGAAUUAUUGGUGCGUUGGAUUGUUGGUGACAACGUCACGUGAUACAGAGGAUGUCAAUGUAAAAGUAAAAGACAAGUUAGGAAAUUAGAGCCCUCGAAGCCCCGAUUAUGCGAUUGAUGUGCAACUAUAUUUUGAAAAGCAAGCAAUUCAUACUAAAGAGUAGUUUGUCAUAAUUGAAACUUUUUUCCCCCAAUCUCUGAAUGUAGUAGCUUUCGGGACGCAAUUCCGUAAAAAUCCAUAGUCAUGUUCGAAUGUGAUAUUAGUUCCGUCAGGAGAUUUGUCUAUGAUUUAAAAAUUCGCUUGUACCCGCAGAAAACAAACUAAAAUGCCUACAUUUGCCGCUACGCUUCAACGAACGAACCCGUUUAGGAUAAGAAACACGUUACCUACGAGGAAAGUGCAUCAAAUGGAGAAAAACCUAAACCGAAGUAGUGUUUUGCAGGAAUGUAUGUUAGUUCUCAAACAAGGAUUUUUACUAUGCGAUAAUAUGUUAAUUUAUGUUCAUAUGAUUGUAAAUUAUUCGUAAAGAAGAAAACAAAAAAAAAAAAAGUUGCCACAGUCUGUGAUUGAGAUUGUGUGGCUCUAUGUCAUACCGGAUUUAUGUAUUACAUUUGCCUAAAUCAACAAUAUUUGUGAAAUUAUUGUAAAUUAAAACACAAAAUACUACAACAAAACCUGUUGAUGAUGAUCCUUCAUAAUAAGCGAAUUGCAAUUUACUGUGGAAUAUUGAAAUAAAGUUUUAUUAGAAACCAAA